ACGCGACGUGUCAGAAGAACAGCUCCUUUUUAUGCUCCCAAUUCGAGAGUUAGAUCUCUGCGGUUGACUGUGAACAGAGUAAAAAAUGGCAACAACUGUCACCAAAAGAAAAGGGGUAUUUCGCAUCAGUGACUCGGAACCAUCCAGUGAAGUUGAGAAACACAGAAGGCUGCCUGAGCCCAAACUGGAAAUUCCCCAUUACGGACGACAGCGCAGCGACAGCGGGUCUCAAAUGUCCAAAAAGGCCUUUUGGCCCCUCGUGGCGGUCUCCCAGAUCUUCGGAGUGGCCUGCGUCGGAUUGGUCAUCACGUGGGUUAAAAAGUACUCUGGAGGCUUUUCGUGGAGUGAUGCAAACCUUCAAUUCAAUUACCAUCCUGUGCUGAUGGUUUUAGGACUCAUAUUUCUUUAUGGAGACGCAAUUUUAGUGUACAGAGUAUUCGCAUUUCUGCCUAAGCCUUUACUGAAGAUUAUCCAUGGCUUGCUGCAUGUGGCGGCCAUCAUACUGGCUGCCAUCGGUUUGGCCGCCGUGUUCUGGAAUCAUCGAAGAACCCUCAAACCUGACCUGUAUUCCAUUCACAGCUGGAUUGGAUUGGCUACCUACAUCAUGUUUUGCUUGCAGUACAUCGCAGGCUUUCUGGCAUUUUUCCUUCCUAUGACUCCUGUAAACGUGCGAGCUUUCAUUCUACCCUUUCAUCAGUUCUUCGGGACUGGAAUUUUCGCCAUGGCCAUUGCAUCAGCACUCAUGGGCAUCACAGAAAAACUCCUCUGGACUCCAAACUACUCAGCUGGUGCUCCUGCCGGCCUCAUUGGAAACUCCUUGGGAGUGCUUCUUGUUGCAUUUGGUUUCAUUGUUGUGUAUCUAGUAACAAACUCUUCUUAUAAAAGAAAAACCGCUGCCCUCCGAGAUACCAGCGCCCGUCAACUAAGCCGACUCAUUCACUAAAGUCACCGCCAUAAGACAGACGACAGUUUAUAUAUGCUAUAGGAGUUUAUCGAUGAUGCACCAUUUCAUGUUUCAUGUACAUAAACUUUUCAAUCAUGAAUAAAUUAUUUUUAUA